UCACUGACACGGAGUCCUCCAUGUAGUGAAAUUGACAACAGAGGUGAACCCCUUGUGCUAACCUCUUAUGACAAGACACUUGUGGUCAAACAAAUUUCAAGUGAAGAUGUUGCAGACAUGCAUAGUAUUCUUUCUGACUACCACCAAUAUAUAGUGAAGUGCCAUGGUAACUCAUUGCUUCCUCAGUUCCUGGGAAUGUAUCGUCUCACAGUUGAUGGGGAAGAUACAUAUGUGUUAGUCAUGAGAAAUUUGUUCAGCCACCGUCUUGUUGUUCAUACAAAGUAUGACUUAAAGGGGUCUUUAGUGUCGCGUGAAGCCAGUGAAAAGGAGAAGGAAAAGGAGUUACCGACAUUGAAAGAUAUGGACUUUCUGAAUAAGAGCCAGAAAGUUUACAUAAGUGAAGAACAGAGGAAACAGUUCAUGGAACAGUUAAAGCGAGAUGUGGAGGUGCCUCCCGAAAAGAGGUAUACUUCAUGGGGUUGAUUGACAUUUUAACCCAAUAUGAUGCAAAAAAGAAAGCGGCACAUGCAGCAAAAACAGUGAAGCAUGGGGCUGGUGCCGAAAUUUCAACAGUCCAUCCAGAACAAUAUGCAAAGCGAUUUCUUGAUUUUGUUACCAACAUCUUCGCAUAGCGGUGUGUGUUGAACUUUGUGGGAAAAGAGAUUUUUGAUCCAAAAAUCCUAAAAUGAAGAAACAAAUAACUGGUUUUACUUGUCAUCCCCAUUGACUAAAAAUUAAGAAUGUUUCUUCUAGAUUGGUGCCAAGAAAAAUUUUUUAUUUAUUUUUUUUUUUUUUAGUUUAGAUCAGUUUGAGAUCUUAACUUUGUAUAGUGCAAAAAAAACUGCGAUUUCUUAUGUAAGUAUUUUAUACCACCCACACAUUACCAGUGUAUUUUGUAAUUAUUUGGACUGGUAUAUUUUUCCAACAUCUUCUGUUAUAUCAGUAGUACUUUAAAGCAGCGUAGGAGCAAAGUAGUACUUUCAAGCUGCAUGGGAGCAGAUUAUUUCACUUAGUGCUGUUUGGAUUCUAAAAAUUUGGUAACAGUUAUGUACUUUGCAUUUUAUAAUGUAAGACAGGGUUACAUCACAUAUACAAAAAAAUCUGUCUCGCCACCUGCAAAUUGCAUCUUUUGAAAAUAAGUUGCAGUGUUACAUUUUAUGGUCCUGCAUGGUCAGAAAAUAGUGUUUUGAGUUCUUGAAAGUCUUCGUAGGUGCACUAACCAUAUUUUUGAUCAUCAAUUGUCUGUCAUCUUAAUUGCUGUGUAAUACAGCCUGCUCUGUUGGCAGUCUGGAGGCUCAGACUUUCUUUCCAUGAGCAGUAAUAAGAUGCAGCCCAGAGAGUGGGAUAGGCUGUAGAUAUAAUGCUGGCAGGCUCAGUGCCUUGCAGCAGUUGUGGAUCUUACUAAACAUGAGUUGUAUUAUUUGUUUUCUGAAAAAAAUUCUUAAAGUAAAUUGUUUCCCAUGAGUUGUGUAGGUUUCUUUCAUUGUGACUUUAAAGUUUGAUUUAUAUAUGCCUUGAAAAGAAUAUUUAGAAAAUAUGUUAUUUGACAUAAGGAGCUUUGCACUUUAUAAAUGAGGAUACAGAACAAGUCUUGGUCCUUUUGUUAUUUAUUUUCUCUUUGUCAGUUGUCUUUCCUGUUAAAUUCACACCAGUUUUCAUGAAAAAUAUUUGAAGAGUCUGUGCUUUACAUUUUAUUGGUGUACAUGGUUGGAGGAAGUUGUGUGUAGUCAGGUUGUAUAAAGUAGCUUGUCAUUGGAUAACAUAGUUUCAAAUAAGUGUAAUUUCUAUUACAUAUAAUUGAACCCCUAGCCUGUAUCUUUAAAUUGUUAAAAUUUAUCCACACUGCAGUCACAUUUUUAUGUAACCUACAACUUCAGAGAAUUAUUUUUGUUGGAAAAAAAAAAAGCUCUUGUAUUGUAUAGGGCUAUCCAUGUUUUAACUGACUGAUUCUGAUAGCACUUGGGGAUCGUAUUUAUUUUUCCAUGUUUACCAAUAAAAGAAAACGUUUUCCAGGUGUCCGAAA